AUGGAACUAACCAUGGCGAAACACGGUUUUCUAAGAAACAUUCUCGUUCGCGUGUUUUCCUUCGCUGUUCUCAUCUUCGCAGCACGUUUCGCAAUUAUCGUCACCGUCCGCGGCGGAUCCUGCGACUCUUCUGAUUUCUGUUUCUUUUCCGAAAAUCUGAAUGUCACCGCUCCCUCUCAUCUCGCCGGCACAGGAGAUCCAUUUUCCGGCAAGAAUUGGCGCCGCUCCGUCGAAUACUACGCCGCUAGUUUCCAGGAUCUGGUCGCAGAGGGUUCGCUCUCGCCGAAUUCUAAAGCUCUCUGUAUCGAUACUCCCACCGGAGAAGACGUGUUAGCAUUGAAAGAAAUCGGCGUGGUUGAUUCCGUCGGGAUUUUCAAGAAACCGUCGCCGCCGUUGAUCGUUCAUGGAGAAGGCCACCGGCAUCCUUUCCCUGAAGACUCCUUCGACUUCGAAUUCUCCGGCAUUGGCGGCUUGGAAAAUACCCCUAAACCGGCGGAAUUCGCCGCGGAAAUCUCCCGGACUCUCCGACCCGGCGGAUUCUUGGUAGUUCACACGGCGGCCAGAGACGCUUAUAGCUUCAAUUCAUUCCUCGAAUUAUUCAGUUUCUGUGAGUUGAUCAGAACAAGAGAGAUAAACGGUGUUGAUUCAUCGACAAUUCUCGAGAUUCUGAUGAAAAAGAAAAUCCCCAAUUUCAAAACCCUAAAUUCACCCCCAAUUUUCAAUUCAGUGAAAAAAUGCUCUUUUCCAAGGUACAAACGUGAAAUAGUGAAAACUGCAGAAACAUUGAUACUACAAGAGCCACUGAAACCUUGGAUUGCACUGAAAAGAAACUUGAAGAACAUAAAGUACUUAACUUCAUUGGUUGAUAUAAGUUUCAAGAACAACUAUGUGUACGUUGAUAUUGGAGCUAGAAGCUAUGGUUCAAGCAUUGGAAGCUGGUUCAAGAAACAAUACCCGAAACAGAACAAAACAUUCGAGGUUUAUGCAAUUGAAGCUGAUAAAACCUUUCAUGAAGAGUACAGAACAAAAAAGGGUGUAACUUUGUUACCCUAUGCAGCUUGGGUUAGGAAUGAGACACUGUUCUUUGAGAUUACAAGAGACCCAAGUAAGAAAAUCAUGAUGAAUGGUAGAGGAAUGGGGAGGAUUAACCCGGUUCAAACAUCUUCGAGCCAUAUGGGUGAUAAGGAUAAGAUUCAAGGCUUUGAUUUUGCUGAUUGGUUGAAAAGUGUUGUUACGAGUAAGGAUUUUGUGGUUGUGAAGAUGGAUGUUGAAGGAACUGAGUUUCAUUUGAUACCUAGGUUGAUUCAAACCGGGGCGAUUUGUUUGAUUGAUGAGCUUUUUCUUGAGUGUCAUUAUAAUAGGUGGCAGAGAUGUUGUCCUGGUCAGAGAAGUGCUAAGUUUCAGAAAACAUAUUCUGAGUGUUUGGAUUUGUUUACUUCACUCAGAAAUAUUGGAGUUCUUGUUCAUCAGUGGUGGUGA